CGGGGCAGCAGCCGCAGGCUCACGCCGUAAACAGUCAACAUGGCGGCGGCGGCGGCAACGGCACCCGGGGCCUUGGGUAUCUUGCAGGCCGGCCGCGCUCGCUUGGUGGCCGCUUGCUGUGCGCGGCUUGGCCCUGGGUGGAGGCUGUCCGGCUCCUGGACGGUCCCGCGGGUCGACCCGGCGACCUGGGCUCGGGGCUGGACACCCGCGGCCGGGGGGGCGGCCUGGCGGAGGGGCUACAGCUCUGAGGUGAAGACGGAGGACGAACUGCGGGUGCGGUAUCUGGAGGAGGAGAACCGAGGAAUUGUGGUGCUUGGAAUAAACAGAGCUUAUGCCAAAAAUUCAUUGAGUACAAAUCUUAUAAAAAUGCUUUCAAAAGCUGUGGAUGCUUUAAAAUCUGAUAAGAAAGUACGGACCAUAAUAGUCAGAAGCGAAGUCCCAGGGAUAUUCUGUGCUGGUGCUGACCUUAAGGAAAGAGUCAAAAUGAAUUCCAGUGAAGUUGGUCCUUUUGUCUCCAAAAUAAGAGCAGUGAUUAAUGAAAUCGCUAAUCUUCCAGUGCCAACCAUUGCAGCAAUAGAUGGACUCGCUUUAGGUGGUGGACUUGAACUGGCUUUAGCAUGUGAUAUAAGAGUAGCAGCUUCUUCUGCAAAAAUGGGCCUGGUUGAAACAAAGUUGGCAAUUAUUCCUGGUGGAGGGGGCACGCAGCGACUGCCACGUGCCAUUGGGAUGUCCCUGGCCAAAGAGCUCAUCUUCUCUGCACGUGUGCUCGAUGGCCAAGCAGCCAAAGCAGUGGGCUUGAUCAGCCAUGUUCUGGAACAGAACCAGGAGGGUGAUGCUGCCUAUAGAAAGGCCUUGGACCUAGCAAGAGAGUUUUUACCUCAGGGACCUGUUGCAAUGAGAGUGGCAAAAUUAGCAAUUAAUCAAGGGAUGGAGGUCGAUUUAGUAACAGGAUUAGCCAUAGAAGAAGCUUGUUAUGCUCAGACUAUUCCAACAAAAGACAGACUUGAAGGUCUUCUUGCUUUUAAAGAGAAAAGGACCCCUCGUUAUAAAGGAGAGUAGAAGAAAGAGAAAUCUUCAAAAUGCCAGUGUAAUAAAUAUACUUCUGGAAGUAUCUUUCAGAUUCACGUAUGCCUCAGCAUCUGGAAUCCCAGCGACCAAAGUGAAGAGCGAGUUAUCCAUAUACUGAAUUAAGUAUCUGGAGUGAACCCCUGUGUGUACUUGUUCAAAUGUAUAUCGUCAUUUUCAUUCAGAUUUAUAAAGCUAAUAGUGUAUACUGUCAAAAACGCCAAUUCAAAAUUAGGUAUACAUUUUUAAAUACCUCCUGCAUAUGAAGCUUUCUGUUCUUAAUUUUUCUUAAUGUGAAUAAUUUAUAUAUUGCACACGCUAGGAAAAAAUAUUGAUUGUAUGUCUCUUGUGCUACAGUAUGAAAAUAAAAUUAUUUCCAUGUACCAAAAAUGUGAAGUUAUACCAAAUAAAGUUCUCAAGGGAUUGUACACAUGCACCCACACACAUACAUCUCAUACUGAAAAAGGAGCUGAUAGAAUUCUGAGUGAAAAUUAUCAAAUAUAAGUAAAAUUAGUGAAAAGGAAAUGUGGAAAUUUUUCUCUUACCCCGUUCUUUUUGUAUUGAGUAAAUCAUUGCAUGUUGGAUUUUAGAAGAAACCACCUUUCCAUUGCUGAUUCUGUCAGGUGACCUCUUUACGUAGUCAGUCUUAGAAUACAGUAUGGAUGGUGGAGAAUUAAUCCAGUCAGAGACUGGGACCAAAGGCCUUGUGGAGGCCAACUGGAGGCCUGGAACUGUUGUACCUGUAAGCCCUCCUAGCAAGUGGCCUGGCCCCCUGGCCUAACCCAGAAAUAAAAUGGUGCAGCUGGGCUUCCUUGGUGGUGCAGUGGUUGAGAGUCUGCCUGCCGAUGCAGGGGGCGCGGGUUCGUGCCCCGGUCCCGGAAGAUCCCACAUGCCGCGGAACGGCUGGGCCCGUGAGCCAUGGCCGCUGAGCCUGCGCGUCCGGAGCCUGUGCUCCGCAACAGGAGAGGCCACAACAGUGAGAGGCCCGCGUACCGCAAAAAAAAAAAAAAAAAAAAAUGGUGCAGCCAAGGUUGGCCCUUAGAAGUGGCUUCGUCCUGGAUUAAGGGUGAAGUGAAGCCUGUUUUCUGCUUCCUUCUCCCAAGCUGUUUGCAGCUGAUUUCAGUAAGGAAAGGAGGUGAACACAUCACCCCUCUCUCCCCGUUCUAACAAACGUCAUGCCUUUCUACCCCUGGCCAGGCAAGCAACUAGAAAUGGAGGUGCUCCAGGGAUAUGUGAGUUUAUAUAGCCUUGCCUGCGGGACAGAUAGGAAGUGUGUGGGAAAUAGCUGUAGAAUUCAGUGUGCAAAAGGGAGCGGAACAGUACAGCUCCCUGAAAGAAUUUGGGCUAGCUUUAUUUUGUGUUCAUUUGAUCAAACUACACUGCCUUUUGAGGCUGCAUCCAGGGCUGAGUCCAGCAGUGCUGGAGAAGUCCCCCUUUUCCAGGACCCGCGCCUGUUAUUUUCCAGCUCCAGGGGUCCCCCACUGUCCCCAAACGCUGCAGCUGUGCUUCAUUGCAGUGAAGUCAAGUUCGACACAUGGGUGACUGCCUGUUUCAUGCAUUCCCAUGCUCUGCACCACAGCCUCCUUGCUCUUUAAAGGAUAUAGACUUGGAAUUUGUUAAAUCACCGAAACUUUUGUUUUUUAAUUUGAGAAAUUGAACUCUUAAUCUCAAUUCUAAAAUCCUUGAAAGAGGUAGGCGUGGACUUAACCUCAGCCGAUGGGCACUGUGCCAGGGGGCAGGCCUGCUUACUAUGUGCGUCCUUGUACUACAGCAAGUGCUGUGCUCUUUGUCACCUUUGCUGCUGACACUGUGCAGACUAUGAUGUUUGCUCAGCUGAUCGCCAUCAUAUGAAAGGAGCUUAUUAAAAUUUACAUUGGGCUCUGUGGUGAUUGUAUCUGAUGGUGUGUACACUUUGCUGAUAAACUUGUACCAUUCAUUUCCUGCAGGAUAAUUUGCAAAUAAAGUGCUGGUCCUUGUUUUCAUGA